AUGGAAGACGUGUGGGUCUCGGAGGACUUUGGCCGCAGCUUCGUCCGCAUGUGCGCGGCGGGGCCAUUCGGCCGUCGCGUGAGCCCAGGGCUUGCAGUCAGUCCUGGCAAGCCGCAACAGGUGGUAUUGGUUGGCGGUGGCUGGAACUCAAGUCCCGAACGUUGGGACUGCUGGCUCUCAUCCAAUAUGGGUGAAAGCUGGACAGAGAUUCCCACACCAGCCAAUGAGCUCCCCAGGAGGCAAGUAGUUGUGGCAUUUCUGGACUCGAAGUUGCUCGUUUUGGGUGGGCACAAUCGGCGGGAACCUGUCCUGGAUGCCCAUCUCGCAACUGUCAACUGGUUCUCAGAGACCGCGAUCUGGCAUCCUUUGAUGUACAAACAAGGUUCUUCUGAUGACGUGGUCGAUGAAUGGUCUCCCGGUGAGAUGCCCUGCUUUCUCAGCCACUGCUCAGCGGUGGAUGCGUAUCAAAGAAAAGUUUUUGGCCUCACAACUGGUGCAAACUACACGCUGGGCACGCUCGACAUUCCUAAAACGGGUGCGUCAGACUGCCCAAGCAUUCGCGUUGCAAUGAGACCGCUGCAGAGUCUCCUUCCUCAUGCCAGCCGCGCCUCUGAGACGGCUGUGUCUCCCAGCGCCCUGGGCGCAGGGCCUUUGCAGCAGCGCCUUCACAUCCUGCUGCCACGUGACAGGAGGCGACUCUAUUUUCUGGAAGGAGAGGAGGGCUGGCUCCUGGCAACGUCCAGCCUGCGACAGCGCUACCAGCAGGAGCAGUUGCUGCGGCCCCUGUCAUCCCGCCUUGAGGCCUGCUGGAGCCUGCCUGGAGAGCUUUGGGCCAAGGUACUUCUCUUCCUGCCGCUUGCUUGA